AUGGCCUUGGUAACUGUCGCGGCGGCUACGCUUCCGAGCGUACCGCUUGACUUCCUCGGCAACCGCGAUCGAAUUUUGGAGUCUAUUCGGAUCGCAAAGGAGAAGGGUGCGACGCUGAGGACCGGACCUGAGCUGGAAAUCCCGGGCUACUCAUGUCUUGACCAUCACCUCGAGGGCGAUACCUUCUUGCAUUCUUGGGAAGUUCUUGCCGAUAUCAUCUCAAACGAGGUUUGCCAAGGCAUGCUCAUUGAUCUUGGGCUUGGAGUGCGACAUCGUAACGUCCGUUUCAAUGCGCGGGUGCUCUGCACGUACCGCAAGAUCUUCUGCAUCAGGCCCAAGAUGGCCCUGGCGAACGACGGCCUAUAUCGUGAGGCGAGGUACUUUACUGCCUGGUGCAAGUCACGAGAAGUCGAAACCUACUAUCUCGAGACCGCCUUACAGCGAGUGACUGGUCAAACGACAGUCCCAAUCGGCGACAUGAUUCUCUCAACACGGGACACCGCUGUCACAUGCGAGUCUUGCGAGGAAUUAUUCGUCCCUCUGAAUCCAUCCAUCUUCACUGGCCUCAACGGUGCCGAGAUCACGCUCAACUCCAGUGCCUCCCAUGCGGAGCUCCAGAAAUUAAGAGCUCGACUCGAACUUAUUUCCAACUCCACAAGGAAGCUGGGGGGGAUAUAUAUCUACGCCAACGCCACAGGUGUUGAGGGCGAGGCCCGCAUGCUACAUGACGGAAGUAGUAUGGUGAUUCAAAAUGGCGAGGUUUUAGCACAAGGCAACCAAUUCUCCCUUGCACCUGUCGAGGUGACCGUGGCGACGGUCGAUAUCGAAAAAGUUCGGAGCUACCGCAGUAGUAUCAGUCGAAACGUUCAGGCUGCUCGACAACCGGACUUCCCUCGCGUCGAAUGUGAUCUCGUCUUAUCUCAUCCGGCCCAGGAUAUCUGGUUAUCCAAUCAACCAGAGAUUUCUCGCCCGAUCGAGCUCAGAAUCAUGAAUCCUAUGGAGGAGAUCCACUCAUCCACGGCCGUCUACCUGUGGCAGUACUUGACGAGAACAAACUCUGCGGGGUUUUUCCUAGCGUUGUCAGGUGGCCUGGACAGCGCGACGGUGGCGCUGUUCGUCUAUGGAAUGGCCCGGCUCGUGCUAUCGUCCAUCAGUGCCGGCGAGGAGACGACCCUCCGGGACCUGAAACGGGUGACGGGUGACGAGAACUUCGCACCUACCAAGCCUCAGGAUAUUGUAUCUCGCCUCUUUCACACGUGUUAUAUGGGAACAGUUAACUCCUCGAAGGAGACUGAAGGGAGGGCUAAAAUGCUCGCAGAAACAAUCGGGGCCUAUCACUCCAACAUUACCAUCGACGAGACUGUUGCUGCCCACGAGGCCAUGGUCGAGAAGGCACUUAGCUUCAGGCCGAAAUACGCGGUUGAAGGAGGUUCCCAGUCUGAGAACCUAGCCAGGCAAAACAUUCAGGCUCGCAGCCGAAUGGUCAUUGCUUAUUCGCUGGCUCAACUGUCGACCACAGCUAGGAAUCUCCCCCGAGCAGGAUCAGCGUUACUUGUGUUAGGAUCAGGAAACGUCGACGAGAAUCUUCGCGGCUACUUUACUAAAUAUGACGCCAGCUCAGCAGAUAUAGCACCACUAGGCAGCAUAUCAAAGAACGACGCCAAGGCUUUUCAGCGGUGGGCCCGAGAGAAAUGGGAUCUCCCGAUUCUGACCGAAUUCCUCCAAGCGACACCAACGGCCGAGCUCCUGCCGCUCUCUGCCGGCGUGCAAGAGGACGAGUCCGAGAGCGAAAUGGGCAUGACCUACGAAGAACUCUCCAUCUUUGGGAUCAUGAGGAAGGUAGAUAAACUCGGACCGUGGUCGGCUUACCUUCGCUUGUUAAGCGAGUGGAAGGAUCGCCCGGGCUACGGUCCACGGCAGAUUGCCGAGAAGGUCUUCAGGUUCUACAGGUCCUACUCGAUCAAUCGUCACAAAUCAACUGUCAUCACACCGAGUAUGCACCUGUCCCCCUACGACCCAGACGAUAAUAGGUAUGAUCUGCGGCCGUUCUUGUACGUGGUCCAUUGGCCAUGGCAGUUUGGGAAGAUCAGGUCGCAUGUCGAGCAGCUGGAGGAGAAGUUGGCAGAGAAGAAGUGA